GUUUUGGCCCUUCCCACGCACCGUCGUUAGCCAAAACAGAAAAUGGCUUCAGCAGAGUCCCAGCCGCGAUUCGGCCAGUCUGUCAAAGGUUUAUUAUCCGAAAAAGUGGGCUCCUGUAGCGGGGACGUGAUCGCACUGACCCGCCAGGUGCUGAAGGGAUCCCGCAGUCAGGAGCUUCUUGGUCAAGCAGCGAGAAAUAUGGUGAUUCAGGAGGAUGCCAUCCUGCACUCUGAGGAUAGUCUUAGAAAGAUGUCCAUCAUUACCACACAUUUACAAUACCAGCAGGAGGCCAUCCAGAAGAAUGUGGAACACUCGAAAAACCUGCAGGACCAGCUGAGACACCUGCUGAAGUGAUCCCCCCCCAACCUCUGGAGACUCAGCAGGAGUCUAACGUUGGACCACAUCUGCCAUAUUUAUACAGUGUAAAUGCUGGCUUCUACAUAGGGACUGAUCGAUGAGCUGACAGUGGAGUGCUGCUCUGUAUCAGACGCAGUGCCUGUGUGCAAAGCAAGGAGUAUGUAAAAAGUUUACUUGAGUUAUGGAAAAUGUUUAUGAUCAAUUGUAUUACGUUAAUUUAUUAAAUACCUUGUCUGCCUCAUCUUGGCUCCUCA